AUGCGCAUACAAUCUUUGGUCGUACUGGGAACGGUCUUCUCGGGCGCGCUCGCUCACGCCGAGCCCGAUGCUGAACGGUCACCGAAAUGGCCUUCUACCACAACAACUACCCUCGUCGUGGUGCCGACACCCGCAAUACUCCAAGACAACAAUGGCCGAACAAACAGACGUCAUGAACAUGGCUUGCUUCUAGAAAAGCGAGAUUCGACUACGGAGGAUGCUGCAACUACUGCAAAAGACGCCGCCAGCACGACAGAAGAAGCAGCAACAACAACAGAGGCGACCACGCAGGCUGAGACCACCACUGCCCCAAAAACUACUGAGGCGACGACGACAACCGAGGAUGCUACGACUACGACGGAGUCCUCUACGACCACUAGUUCGAGCACAACUAGUUCCACGACCUCCACGACCUCCACGACCUCCACUACCUCUACCACAUCUACCACAUCCUCCACUUCCACCACGUCUUCUACCUCCCAAUCUACGAGUAGCAUGUCAACGACCACCACAAAGAGCACAUCGACCACCGCCUCAAAGACCAGCUCAACAUCCACCGCCACAAGCACGGUUAGUGCUGAAAUGCGAGAAUACAAUCGUCGUGGACACAUAGCCGCCAUUAUUACUUUUAGCAUACUGGGUGCGAUCUUCUUUGGUUAUGGGUUCCUCCACUGCUACUUGGCAUCGCGGAAAAAGCGCCAGAUUGCAGCGAGAAACGCGGCAGCUGAGGCCGGGUCAGACCACCCGUUAGUGGCAUUGAAGGAGAAUGCGAAGUCCCAAACUGAAGUCAAUUUUGACCGGUCGUCUAUGAUGUUCGCUUCUCAGUCUCAAUCCCGUACGGACUUGUCUUCCGUAGUUCAACAGGGUGCCGGGGCGCAGGGGUAUACCCGCACGGCGCGAACGUCAUCGCUGGUAGCCAGUGAGCACUAUCAAAGUCCGACAGCAGGUUCCCCCUCCAGUAGGCCUCAGGGGAACUACAUCUGA